UGUACCCGCACGCACACGAGCUAACUGUACACGCUUGUAGCCGGUACUUUCCAUUUCGGCAUCCAACACUAGCAUAUACAACCGGUUUAAGCGAUCAACGGACAAGAGAUCGCUGUGGGUUUCGCAAGUGCAAGCUGCAUUCCAUCCGCCCAUUUUUUUGCAACGUCAUUACGCCGUUUCUGUUCCAUCUAGUUACAUCGGAAAUCCAUGCUCACUAAGCCGACAAAUAUUGGGCAAUGAAACUGUACGCCGUAUCCGAUGGACCGCCGUCGUUGGCCGUGCGAAUGGCGCUUCAGGCCCUGAACAUUCCGUACGAGCACAUCAGUGUCGACUAUGGCAAGGGGGAACAUAUGACGGAGGCAUACGAAAAAAUGAAUCCGCAAAAGGAAAUACCAGUUCUGGACGACGAUGGAUUUUUCUUGAGCGAAAGCAACGCCAUCCUGCAGUACCUCUGCGACAAGUACGCACCAACGAACGCACUGUAUCCGACGGAUCCAAAAGAGCGCGCCGUAGUAAACCACCGGCUGUGCUUCAAUCAGGCGUUCCUCUAUCCGCAGAUUUCGGCCUACGUCAUGGCACCGAUCUUUUUCGACUACCAGCGCACGGAGAUGGGUCUGAAAAAGCUUAACAUCGCGUUGGCCGCAUUUGAAACAUACUUGCAGCGUGGUGGUAUGAAAUAUGCCGCCAGCAACGGUCUCACGAUCGCCGACUUCCCGCUGGUGACCUCGGUAAUGUGUCUCGAGGCGAUCGCGUUCGAUGUGCGGACUCGCUAUCCGACCGUGUACGAAUGGUAUGCCGGCUUCAAGCGGGACCAUCCAGAACUAUGGUCAAUUGCAGCCCAGGGAAUGGAGGAAAUUGCUGAGUUCGAAAAGAAUCCUCCGGAUCUGAGCGGAAUGGUGCAUCCGAUUCACCCGAUCAGAAAGCAGGCUGCAAAAAAAUGAGGCAAAAAUGCUUGCCUCACCGUUGCAGCCUCCUUUCAUAUCGUGCACGGCAUAAAACGCUAGUUUUAGUCAUUUUUCACAGCAAAUAGAAAACGAUGCGAAAGCAACACGAA